GUGUCAUCCUCCAACACGGAUCGGGCCGCUGCAGAUCGCGCAAUUAGCAGAGCCGAGCAUCGGCGGACAUUAAUAAUACACCUCAACUAGUUAAGCUCUCCAGGCCGUGGGAAGAUACGACAUAUACCUUCCCAGGGAAAAAAAAGUUUUUCCAAAGUUUCCACGCAGGCUCGCAAUUACCAACAUCCUGGCUUUCCGCAGAACUCUCGCAAAAAUGACGAACUUCAACAUCGAGAUCGUCUCGGACACGGUUUGCCCUUGGUGCUACGUUGGGCACAAGCAGCUCACCAAAGCGAUUGCAACCUACCGCGCCGCGCAUCCGGACAGCAACGACACGUUCAGCACGACCUGGAAGCCUUUCUAUCUGGACCCUGAUGCACCCAAAGUGGGCAUUGAGAAAUCGGAGCGCUACGCGGCUAAAUUCGGCCCCGAGAGGACGCAGGCCAUAUUCCAGCGCCUGGGUCAGGUCGGGCAGGCCGUGGGCAUCAACUUCAAGUUCGGCGGUAAGACGGGCAACACACGCGACUCGCACCGCCUGAUCCAGCUGGGCAAGACGAAGUCUCCCGAAGUGCAGACCAAGGUCGUCGAGGCCCUGUUCGCGGCCUAUUUCGAGAACGAGCAGGACAUCACGUCCCACGACGUGCUUCUCGCGGCGGCCAAGAAGGCGGGCCUCGACGAAGCUGAGGUGAAAAGGUGGCUGGAGAGUGAUGAGGGUGGAAAGCAGGUCGAUGCCGAGGUUGCGGAGGCUCAGGAAAGGAUGAUAAGUGGGGUUCCGCAUUUCACGCUGAACGACCGAUUCGAGGUCGAGGGUGCACAGGACAGCACGGCCUUUGUUCGCUUAUUCGAAAGACUGAAGAAGAUGGAAGGAGAUGACGCCGUGGCGAAGGUGGAAGUGGGUUCAAAGUGCUAGGCGCUACUACUGGCUACAGAAAAUUGUCGUACGUUUUACUGUUCAUUGUAUACAUAGCACUCACACUUCAUUCCAGAAGGCUGUGCAUGACAGAUAGUCUGGAUGACGCUCGUUUCAUAUUUUUCUCUUGAAUUCGAUUUCUUUUCUAUCCAGCUCGGAAGGCCGUAUGCACUUAUGAAUGCCAUUACGAUCCACUACUAAAACUCAAGAAAACAGUUCAAGCUUGCUGCACAAAGGGGCUAGAAGUGUUCAAUCCGCGCUGCAAGGGACUUGCUUCAAUCUCUGCUACCGAUAUUCCAACGGUUUCGAGGGCACACACACAGAGAGUUGGACAACGGUUGGCACCCAACAUUAAGCGGCGAUUGACGAUUUAGCUUCUUCGUAGUCGUUAGCUUGAUACAUGCUUUAGUGCUCCUGCUUUUGGGCAUGAGUAAUUAGGCUUUGUACAGUUUUUACGUGUUCAAUAUUAUUCAAUCAAUACCACAUGUAAACCGUCUAAUGUAGCUGCUUCUACCACGGUCAGGCACUAGAAAACGUCGUGCUCGAAUUGAAGGCUGUUCAGCAACGCAAUACAAAGACCACACACACA